AUGGGGGCGUGUUGCAGCUCGAGCCACGAGGCGGGUCGGGACUGGGUGGGGAUGGUGAACGAGGAGGGGGAUGACGAGGUGGAGGGGGUCGAGGAAGGAGGGGUGGUGAGGGAAGGAGAUCACGGGGCGCGGGUGAGGCUGAGGGGCGCCAACGAUUCUUGCUCCAUGUUCUGCAAACGGGGAAGGAAAGGCAUCAAUCAAGACACCUUGACCGUGUGGGAGGACUUCAAUGGUGAAAAAGGUGCAUUCUUUUGCGGGGUGUUCGAUGGCCAUGGUCCAGCGGGUCAUAGAGUUGCGCAGCAUGUGCGUGACCAAUUGCCGUCGAAGCUCUCUUCAGUGAUCCAAUCCUUGCAGAACAGGGGCAGUCGCAGGGACCUCGAUCUCGUGGAUAAAGAUGACGAUGGCCAAGAAAAUGGGGAGAAAGAAAGAAGGGGCAGCAAUCCUGGGGACCUUGACCUCGUGGAUAAAGAUGACAGCGGCCAAGAAAAUGGGGAGAAAGAAAGAAGCGAUGAUGUGCGAGAUAGUUGGGAGGAGGAUUUUGGUCAUGACAUGCUUCUCUCCUCAUGGGAGGCUAGUUUUGUCAAAUCCUUCAAAGAAAUCGAUGAAGAGCUUAGCCUUGACUCCUCCAUUGACAGCUUCUGCAGCGGCUCAACUGCUGUAACCAUGAUUAAGCAGGGAGAUCAUCUUGUUAUUGCCAAUUUGGGAGAUUCCCGAGCGGUUCUGUGCACUAGAGGCCAGAAAAAUCAGCCUGUUCCCAUCCAACUCACCGUCGAUCUGAAACCAAAUAUCAAAAGUGAAGCGGAUAGAAUCAAGAAAUGCAAAGGCAGAGUCUUUGCCAUGGAUGAAGAGCCAGAAGUGUUCAGAGUAUGGUUGCCCGACGAGAAUUGCCCCGGUCUUGCAAUGGCUCGGGCUUUUGGAGAUUUCUGCUUGAAAGAUUACGGCCUGAUAUCCACCCCUGAAGUGUCCUAUAGAAAGCUUACACCAGAUGAUGAAUUCGUGGUUCUAGCCACCGAUGGGGUGUGGGAUGCAUUAAGCAAUGCAGAGGUCGUGAGGAUUGUUGCAUCAACGAGGAAGAGAUCCAUGGCUGCUAAAUUAUUGGUUGCUCAUGCUGUUCUGGCGUGGAAGACCAAGUAUCCAGGAUGUAAGAUCGAUGACUGUGCGGUUGUAUGCUUGUUCCUCAAGAAUGGUCGACCUCGGAGCCAAUCCGUCGUCAACAAUACUUCAGGUGGCAACCCAGGCCGGCAAGACAAUGCAGUUGGUCAAAAAUCCGGGUCCAGCGAAAGCGAGGCAAACCCGGACACCGUGCUUGCUGCAAUUACAGAUGACGCGGAGGAGUCCUCUACAGUCGACGGCGUGAGCAGGGUCGAUUCUCUCAUCAGAGUUCCUCGUCCAAAGGCUGCUGUUUUGAGUCGGCGGAAUUCGGCUAAGAAACCCAAACACAUUGGAGCCCCUUAGGUCUUGAUUUUUGUUCUCGUGGAAGCUCGAGAGGAUCGUCUGGUCCACAGCUGAAGAUGAACUGCUAGUUCUGUAAAACACGAGUGGAAGCGAAAAUCGUUUCGGUCCUGCGAGAUCAAUACGUUUCUUCAUACACCAGGAGAACUUGAGGAGGUCAGGAGAAUCAGCUGGCUGAUAGAAAUGCAAUGCACUGGUUUGGAAACUUUUAGGAGAAACCCACCACCCACAUCGCAGGAUUUUUUAUUCGUUCUUUGCUUACCCUGUUCUGGUUACUCUUGACUCCAUGUUGAUGUCUGGUUUGAUGCUUCUGCUAGUUUUGAAGA